AUGGAAGAUACAACACAAUUACUUCCUAUCCUUGCAGUACAUUUUCACAAUGAUCUUGGACUUGCUACUGCCAACACCUUAGCUGGAAUUUAUGUAGGGGUAAGACAAGUAGAUGUAACCAUCAAUGGUAUUGGUGAAAGAGCCGGAAAUGCUUCUCUAGAAGAGAUAGUAAUGGCCAUAAAAUGUCGUGGAGAGGAAGUACUAGGUGGUGUCUAUACUGGGAUUAAUACAAAACAUAUAUUCACAACAAGCAACAUGAUAUCUAAAAUAAGAAAAUCUACUAAAAAUAUUACUGAUGGAAUAUUAAAGAACAAAGGUACAUAUGAAUUUGUAUCUGCUGAAGAUGUUGGAUUUAUUCGUGCUAGUGAACACGGUAUUAGAUUGGGAAAACUCAGUGGACGUCAUGCAUUGAAAAUCAAAAUCCUUGAGCUUGGAUAUAAUUUUGAGGAAAAACAACUUGAGGACCUCUUUUGGAGAUUCAAGUCAAUGGCUGGGAGGAAAAAGAAUAUAACAGAUGAUGAUUUAAGAGCACUCAUAUUAGAUGAAACUAUCGUACCUCAAAUUGCUUGACAACUUGGAGAUACAUGUCACCUAUUGAUGGAAGA